UCCCUCUUUCUUUCCUACCUCUUCCUCUUUCCUCUCUCAUCAUCACUCAUUCAAUCCCUUUCUUGUCCUGUCUUCUCAUAGCUUUAAUCACGAAGACCGAAUUAUAGGACGGAAUCAUGCCAUAGUUGCUGUGCCCUGAAUUCGUUCAUCUGAUUAUGCAUGACGAAGUAACGAAGUAACGAGUCUCCGGACCUGGAAUCUAUAUCGAUGCUUCGGCUAUGUCCUCCGCAGCGCAUAACAGUCCACCCACCGGGAAUGGCGUGACUAAGCGCAAAUCAGGCUCUGCCGCCUGCAUCCACUGUCAUCGGCGCAAGGUUCGCUGUGAUGCUCGGCUUGUCGGGUUGCCUUGCUCCAAUUGCCGCUCCGCGGGAAAGUCAGACUGCCGCAUCCAUGAGAAAAAGAAACGCUUGGCUACACGCUCGAUCUUGAACCCUGUACCUAUUCGCUGUCGUCCACCUCCUGCUUCGGAAACCACGCACAAAUCAUCAAAUCUUGCUUCUCCUGUUGCUCCGCCAAAUGCUUUCACGACUACCUUCCGCAACGUUCAACCGGACGUUGUGACAGCUGCCACUUCCCUCGCUAAUGUCCAUGCGCUCCAUCGCACAACCAAUGAUAAUGUUGAUCACCAACGCCAGCAUCAUAGUUCAUCACCAACUUCCGAUGCCCAGACAUACCAUCGCCCAACGGAAUCGGAGCUCUCCAUAGAACAGGACUCACAUGCGGAUUUGGAAAGACGAUUGGUGAAACUGAUCGACGAGGAAGAAUCAGGUAGUCGGGAAAUUCGUCGGGGUGUGCGAGCGAUCUAUGUCGGUCACGAGCUGUCCAACAUGUCUUUUUUGAUUCGUCAACAGCGAGAUGAAGUCGACGACGUAUACCACUUUGCUGGAAACGAAAUACCUCGGCGGCAACUGAGAACAGGCCACGAUCAACUGUUGAUGGAUGCUCUCACCCUACCUGAACCGGCUCUGGCAGAUGAACUGGUUCAGGCUUACUUUGAUCACGUCAACCCAGGGUAUCCCAUCAUCGACGAGGAUCUCUUCAUGACACAGUACCGGAAUCGGGAUCCUGCCGACCCGCCGCCAAUCCUGCUUCUUCAAGCAAUACUUCUAGUCGGAGCACACGUAGCUCGGCAAAAGGUCGAGCGUGAUGCACUCAAAGAGAUCUUCUUUCGUCGAGCUAAAUGGCUAUUCGACAGUCGUGUCGAGCGAAACCGCGACAUCAUGAUUCAGGCAGCAUUGCUCUUGACUUGGCACUCUGAUAGCCCUGAUGAUGAUGUUUCAGCUAACGCUCAUUACUGGGUUGGAGUAGCUGCUAGAAUUGCCACAGGACUUGGAAUGCAUCGAAAUCCUGUGUCAAGCCGAUUUGUUCCACGAGACCGCCGUAUGUGGAGGAGGCUCUGGCAUAUCCUAGUCCAAUUUGAUGUCAUGGUGUCUCUCUCAUAUGGACGCCCACAAGCUAUUAAUCUUGAGGACUCAGAUGUGUCCUCCUUAACACUUUCAGACUUCCAAGGAUGUGGACCCGGGGUUCAAACAGACUUUGUGAUUCAUUUCUCAGAACUCUGCACAAUGAUAUCUUACAUUGUUCGCAAUCGUUUCGGGCUGAGAGUCAACCCGGAACGUCGCAAAGCGGUAUUGCACGAGGCCGAUGAGAGCCUAGCUAAUUGGUCCUUGAAGCUUCCAGAUAAACUACGCUUACGAGCAUCUGACAUGGACCCAUGGUCUGCCAUGCUCCAUUUGACCUACAACAACUUUCUCAUUUUACUACACCGACCCCACCCAAGAGCCUCUGCCUAUUCAGAUGACUACGGUCCACACGAUGCUGAGAUCUGUAGUGCAGCUGCAGGUGUUAUAGCCUCAAUUUUCGAAGAACUUCGUCUCCAUGAUCGCUUAAAGUCUCUCUGGUACUCUGCCGUUCAUACCCUUUUCACAGCAAUGAUACAAGUGCGAGUGGAGCUUCGCUUCUCGAAUCCUGUCCUAGCGAUUAAUGCCCUUCGUCGCUUUGAUUCAGCUUCUUAUUCACUUCGCGAACUGGCGGGAUACUGGUCCCAUGCCACCACUAUCCUACGGUUGUUUGAAGAUUCCAAGCGCCUUCAGGAGGAUCUUCGCUUGGCUACAAGUGAAAGACCCCGUGGUUUCAGCAAUUCCCAUGAACGAGAAAAGAUUGUGACCCAUACUUCAUCCUCUAGCUCUUCCAGAAGCACAAUAGCUACACAUAUCCCACAACAGCAGGAGGAACAGCCUGUCCCCUACGAAGUUCCGACUCCAGAGUCGACACAUGUUUCAAACCCCACCACCUCUGCGGGCCUUCAACAGAAUCACGCGAUCGAUCACUGGAUGCCAGCCACGAACAUGACUCCGGUAGAGACUCUGGACGCCCCCCGCGAAUCUCUCGAUUGGCGGCAGCUGUUCUCUUUCGCAGACAUGGACCAACCCGUUCUUCCGAUGGCCAUGGAGGGCCUUCCUGAACUGGAAGAUGAGUGGCGUCAGAUCUACUGGCAAGAGACACCACUGUCGGAUCUCUUGCAUGAUGGGGGCUGGAUGCACGGCUGACAUUUGCAUUGCACUUGCAUUCAUGGCGUACUCGUCCUUGCCACAUAUCAUUGGUCUUGAAGCUACCCGGAUUUUGUCUGAGAACAUGGACUGUGCGCGAACGAUAAUGACUUGAUGACCUUCUCAUUGCUUUGCCCCGGCUUUCCAUGGAUUAUUAGCACCGCCAAUGCGGGGGAAAUAUCGGUGACCUUUUUGCAUUUAUCAUAAAAUAGCUUCUCCGAAUGGAAUUGUCAGAACUCAG